CUAUUGCACAGAGAAGCUUGAUAGACUGUCAAGUAACUAAGCUCUCAUCUCUUUUCGAACAAUCCUUCCAAGAAGCCAAAUUCGUUACCGGGUUUUGAUAUUGGCUCUUAUCACCAUCGGACACCCCGGUCUUGAAGCUGCGAUAGGGACGUCUCAACACUUAAGUCUGCGUCUUGAGCAUCUAAAGAUUAGAACCAUUAAGAAGUAGACUUGACAGUACAGCCAAAGGCAAAUUUGCAGUCGUUCAACUCAAGAUUGCCCAGUUCAUUGUCUCCCAACCAUGGCCUCCAAUACCCUCCCAACCGCGAAACUCAAUACCGGUGCCGAGAUCCCUAUGCUCGCAUACGGAACCGGUACCGCACAUUUCAAAUCCAGCAACCUCGACCAAAUAGACCGCAAAACAGUCGAAUCCAUCAAAACCGCCCUCUCACUCGGCUUCUACCACCUCGACGGCGCCGAAGUCUACAACACCGAAGCGGAAAUCGGCAUCGCCAUCAAAGAAUCCUCCAUCCCCCGCGAAAAGCUAUUCAUCACCACCAAAGUCUUCACAAACAUGACCACCAUCCCCACCGCCCUGGAAACCUCCCUCAUCAAACUCGGCCUCUCCUACGUCGACCUCUACCUAAUCCACAACCCCUUCUUCACCACCUCCGCGCUCACCCUGCAAACCGCCUGGAAAGCCAUGGAAGCCGUGCACCGCUCCGGCAAAGCGCGCGCCAUCGGCGUCUCCAACUUCCUGCGGUCCCACCUGCUCUCCAUCCUCUCCAUCGCCACCAUCGUCCCCGCCAUCAACCAACUAGAAUACAACCCCUACCUGCAACGCGAAGGCAUCGUAUCCUGGAGCCUCGAACGGGGGAUCCGAACCGCGGCCUACGGACCGCUGGUACCGAUCCGGAAGGCGCGGCCGGGGCCGCUGGAUGCGGUGCUGGAAGUGUUGACGGCGAAGUAUGGGGUUUGUGAGGAAGCGGUGUUGUUGCGGUGGACGGUGCAGAUGGGUGUUGUGGCCGUGACGACGAGCGGGAAGCGGGAGCGGUUGGAGGGGUAUUUGCAGGCGGGUGGCUUUGAGUUGACGGAGGGGGAGGUGGAUGAGAUUUCGAGGGUGGGGAGGGAGAAGCAUUUUAGGGGGAGUCAUUGGGGGUUUGAUUAUGGGGAUAGUAGGGAAUAG